AUGGCUUCGAGCGACUGUCACUUUUACGGACCUGAAGAGGAAAAGCAGAGACUGGAAGCCCGAGUAGAAAAGUUCGAUGCUUCUGCCUGGUUACGCCAGCGCAACACGCUGUUAUUUGGCUGCCCUUCCCGAAAGCCGUCCGCUUUCAUCGACUCGAGCUCGUCAAGACUACACAACCCUUACGCCGGCGUAGGCUAUGCGUGGCAGCUCACCGAGACGCUUGAAGCCUUUCUGACGCGGCUGCCCCCGGCGACGACUGAUCGCACCGACGAUGUGCCGUGGAUCUUCAUUUGCAACCCGUACGUCUCAUCCCGUGAAAGACAGACGCGGGAUGGUGGGCCUCUAGAAGGGAACCAAGACGAGGCCCCCGCAGAGAAGGGCGGCCAACUUCAUCUUGUAGCUCGAGGCGCUGCGGAGAGACUGGAGCUGCUGGCCGACUUGACGCAGAAAGUGACAUCGAGCGGAGCAUCUCCCACCUUCAUCGCGCGGGAACUUUCUUCAGCGCGAGCGCAAGCCGCCGCAGACAUACUCAACCUGGCCCACGCAGGAAGAGUUCGGACGGGCAAGUGGAUGCUUUUUCAUCCCGCUGUCGCUGUGAACGAGGUGUGGGAGUUGGUGGCCAGAGCCACAGCCAACAACGAGCUUGGUGUGGCAGCCAAGGUUGCUCCCCGCGCGCCGUUUGACGACGUCAGAAGCGAUAGACUCGUAUGCAUCUAUACGGCCGAUUUCAUGGAUCGAUGCGAUGUCGGUCGUGUUCUCAAGAGGUUGAGGGAGCUCAAGCUUGCUGGAUCUGACCAAAGACGCAUUUACUACAAACCUGACAUUUACACGUACAUUGGUAUAUCCAGCGGUAAUCCCUGGGGACUAAGUGCCUCGAUUUACAACUCUGGAGAUUUCUCCUGA